GCUGCUGUUGUCAGUUUCAACAAAAUGGCUGCUGGAGGACCGCAAACGAAAGCCCAGUAAACGCCUUAUGUCACUACAGAGCAAUUUAAAUGGACAUCUCGGAGGUUCUUUCCACUCAGAGCACGUACUCAUGUCGACUCGUUUGCACGCGUGUUAGCGAGAUGAAUGCACGCUGAAAACAUUUCCCCCCCCGUUUUGCACUUUUAUCGCCUGGUGGAGAUGAACACGUCAUUGAAAAGGCGCAAAGCGCGCGCUGUGGCGGUGUAGCUGCUGCACGCGCCGAACGCAAACGCUGAGGCUGCGCUGAGGUAUUCGUUUGCGUGCUCAAAAGCAAAAACUCUCGUGUCCUCUGUUUGCACUGGUUGUUUUUUUGUUUUGUUUUGUUUUUUUGUUUUCUGCAAAAAAAAAUAUCUCGGACUGAAUUCCUGAACUGGAAAAGCCAAGCUAGCUAUUUGACUGCAGUGUUUAAAUUGGAGCGUAUUGCGAGCUGCGCCAGAGUCGCCGGAGUGUCAGUGCGGGUGUAGAGCACAUCCCCGGGCCAGGAAACCCUUUCAGCAGAAAACCGCCAUUGCUGGACGUGUGAUGUAAGUCGGGAGACAAGACAAGAACCAAAAGAAGAGACCCAUUUGAUGGAAGAAAAGAAAAAGAAAAAGCAAGAGGAAAAGAAGAAAAAGGAAGCCGCUCAGAAAAAGGCUGCUGAACAGGAAACCAAAGUGCCAGACUCUGCCAAGCCCAGCCCUGCCCCUCUUCCCUCUGCUAACCCCAGCACUACCAACCCCUCUGUGCCCUCGGCCAGCAGCAGUGGUGCCAAUGGCAAGCGUGUGUCCUCCAGCACCCAGCAGCAACCGCAGUCAACAGUACAGCGCUACCCACCACGAGAGGUGCCACCACGUUUCCGCCAGCACGAGCACAAGCAGCUACUGAAGAGAGGACAACCUCUGCCUGCUGGGAGCCUCGCUGUUGUGCUGCCAUCCUCAAGCAGCCCAACUGUGCAGUCCUUCCCCAGCCAGUCACACCCAGACCUGCCCUUGCAGAGUGGCCAUUCAGCACAGUAUGAAAGUCCCCACUGGGGACAUACACCUAUCAACAGCAGUGCUACUAUAGUCACAACCAAUAACAGUGGCUGGGAUCAACUGAUUAUAAACAAAAGUGAUACAGAGGAGUGGCCUUCUAUUUCUCGCAGUGAAAGCCACAUCCCUGCAGGAUGCCCAUCAGAUACUGAGAAUAUCAACAUCAUCAACAGCAACACAGACAGCAUGAGUAUGGCCACAGGGGGCAGCCAGCAAGGACACUUUCCCACUAAUCAUCCCAGUAAAGCCAGUAACAGCCACUCAGGAGGCAUCCUCUCCAGCCAGAGUGGGGCCAGUAGAGGCUGGGGCUCUGGUCCAUCUCCUGCCAUUGCUGGAGAAGGAAAGGGUGAUGGCAGCAGUGCAUCAAUGGGAGCCAGGACCUGGGGCUCCUCUAACUUUAACUUGAAUUUGAAUCCCAACGCCAACCCCUCUGCCUGGCCAGUCCUGGGACAUGAGGGGACAGGCAUGGGUGGCAGCUCUGGAGUAUCCAACCAAGCUCCAUCUAAUAUCAGCAGCCCACCAUGUGCUCCAUCCUCUGGACCGAGCAAUAGUGGCAAUAUGAUUGGUGGCAAUGGAAAUUCUGCUGGAAACUCUGGUAACGGUAAUGGCAGCACCGCCUGGGGUGGUAUGGUGUCUAGUGACACCUCUGAGCCACACUCCUCCCCUUCCACGAAUGUGUCUUUUAGCUCUGAACCUCAGAACCUUAACACUGAAGGACCAAAUCACACUAAGCAAGAGCCCAUGAGCCCUGCCAAUAGUAUGCCUAACUGGAGUGUCACCCCUGUUGGCAUGGGCUCUUUUGUCCAGUCUCCAACAGGAAGUUCACAGGUCAAUGGGGAGGAAGGGUCUGUGUGGGGUAAUGGAGAUGCCAAGUCUGCCAGUAGCUCUAAGGACUCUGGCUGGGAUUCAGGAAGUGGUUGGGGUCAAGGAGUAGCUUCAGCCACCCCUGGCUGGGGCCAAGCCACAUCCAAUGGGGACUGGGGCAAGCAUUCCACUGAACCUAAAGGGUGGGAGUCUGCAGGGUCUCCCACUCAAGAGCAGCCACUCAGUUCUUGGGGCAGUGGGGCCAAUGCUCCAGCUAGUGACGGAAGCAGUGAUAGCAUGGAUGGUCAUUCUCACAGGAGAGAACACUCAAGAGAUAUGGCCCCACCUCUCCUGCCUGCCCAGGACAUGGAUCCAAGAGUGCUGUGCAACACAGGAUGGGGACAGACUCCAGUGCGUCAGCACACAGCGUGGGAGACAGAAGAAGCUGCGCACUCAAAUAACAAGAAUGAUGUUGGUACAGAAGCAUGGGGCCCAUCUUCAAAUGCACCUCAUAUGGCACAACCAUCAUCUCAUGGUAGUGUCAAUCCAAGUUCUGGACCUGAUUCUGGGGGCAAGACUGAUGCACAUCGCCCCGCUGCAGCAACUACAUCAGGCUGGGGACAGUCCCCCAGUCAACCAUGCUCUGGAUGGGGUGACAACUCCAAGAAACCCCCUAUUGGUUCUGGAGGCUGGGGUAACCCUCCACAAGGAGGCCACAGUGGCAACUUGCAAAAAAGUGGGCAGUCCUGGGGCUCUGAAGACAAAUGUCCUACUUGGGAUGACUCCCAUGCCAAGACUAAACCUCAGGGUUGGGGCGAGGGCCCCAAGCCAUCCCAUGGCUGGGGCAAUGACCCAGGAGGGGACGGUGGAGCUGGCGAUGAGUGGAAUGACUCUGGAGAAGGAAAGAAGAAUGGACCAUCCAGCUCUUCCUGGGAGGGAGAUGGAACAGGAUGGAAAGAAAGCCCUCGAGGUUGGGGGAAGCCAUCCCCAGGUGGAGGAUGGGGAGAUGCACAACGCUCCAAUGCCUCAACACAGGGAUGGCGCAACAAGUCUCAGGAGGGUGGCAAUGGAAGCAGUACUGGUGGAAGCAUGGGUUCAUGGGGAGGUUCAAGCUCUCUCAAGAGUGGUUCAGGUUGGGGAGGAAGUAAUGGGGGAGGAGUAAAACAUAAUCAUGCUGCAGAGCCAACAGGAUGGGAAGAGCCCUCCCCACCAUCCAUCCGACGCAAGAUGGAAAUUGAUGAUGGUACCUCAGCUUGGGGUGAUCCAAGCAGUUAUAAUAAGACAGUUAACCUCUGGGACAGGAACAAUCCUGGAAUGCAGAGUAAAACAGGCUCUGGAAAUGCCAACAAUCCCCCCAGCAACCAUCACCACCAUACCCACCAUAAUCAACCUCCGUUGCAGGGCCAUGGACAUGGAGGGCCACCUGCAACAAACAGCCAUAUCACUCCUGACAAUACAAGCCCGCAUCAAGCAGUGGCUCCUCAUAACAGAGCACCCCUGAUGACCACAGGAUGGGGAGAAAUGCCGAAUGUCCACUCCAAACCUGAGCCUUCAUGGGGAGAGCCCGUGCCCUCUCCAGCAAGCGUGGACAAUGGCACAUCAGCCUGGGGCAAACCCCCUGGGAGCUGGGCUGACAGUAACCCUGAAGGCUAUGGCCGAGGUGGAGGCCCACCAGGAUCUGCCCCCUGCAAGCCAGCCUCUAAAACUAUGCAAGAAGGCUGGGGAGGUGGAGAGGACAUGAGCCUGUCGACAGGGCAGUGGGAGCAGGAUGAGGGUGACAUGUGGAACAGCACAGCCUCUCAGGAGAGCAGCUCAUCCUGCAGUUCAUGGGGCAACCAGCCCAAAAAAGGUUCUCAGAAGACGAAGGUUCCUAACAAACAAGACGAUGCCUGGAUUAUGACCCGUCUGAUUAAGCAGCUGACAGAUAUGGGUUUCCCUAGAGACCCUGCAGAGGAGGCUUUGAAGAGCAACAAUAUGAACCUGGACCAGGCUAUGAGUGCUCUGUUAGAAAAGAAGACUGAAUUAGAUAAGCGAGGGUUGGGAAUCUCUGACUACAGUAAUGGCCUCGUCAACAAGCCAAUGAGCUGCAGGCCUUCGAUCAUCUCCAAAGACUCCUCCUCAGACCGUCCUACCUUCAUGGAAAAGGAUGGAGGAUUAGCGGAAGAUGCCCAAACUUCACCAUUUAUGCCUUCUCCCAGCCUGAAGCUCCCGUUGGCUAGUGCUAGCCUCCCUACCCAGAGUAUUGGGGUCACGAUGCAAAACAUGAACAGACAGAUGCAGAGUGGCAUGUUUGGCAGUAGUGGAACAGCACAAACCCGGGCCCUGCAACAGCCUCCUCCUCAGCCAGCAGUGCCACCUCUCAACUCCUCCCAGCCUAGUCUACGUGCUCAAGUGCCUCAGUUUCUCUCCCCUCAGGUUCAAGCACAGCUCUUACAGUUUGCAGCAAAAAACAUUGGUCUCAACCCUGCACUUUUAACCUCACCAAUAAACCCUCAGCAUAUGACCCUGUUGAAUCAACUCUACCAUCUGCAACUGGCAUACCAGCGUUUACAAAUUCAACAGCAGAUGUUGCAGGCACAGCGUAACGUUUCUGGCCCUAUCAGACAACAGGAGCAGCAAGUUGCACGUACAAUCAAUAACAUGCAGCAGCAGAUCCAGCAGCACCAGCGGCAGCUGGCCCAGGUUCUGCUGGUGAAGCAGCAGCAACAGCAGCAGCCUCCUCCCUCUCAUCCCAGCCUACAUCCCAGCACAGGCAAAUCAGCACUGGAAACAUUUUCUUCACACCAACAGGCAUCAGGCUUGUCUGUCUCUGAUCUGCCGACCAAAGAGCCGCAGUCGUCUCCCAACUCUUUCUCCUCUUACCCUCUCUCUGGAUUGAACCCCAACAUGAAUGUAAACUGCAUGGAGGUGGGAGGUCUGUCCAUGAAGGACUCUCCUCAGCCUCAGUCGCGUCUGUCACAGUGGACGCACCCCAACUCCAUGGAGAAUCUCUCUGGCAGCUCCUCACCUAUGGAACCUGGCCUCAGCAAGCAUGGUGCCAUCUCUGCAGGUCCAAGCCUUGGUGCUCCAGGUAAACAAACUCUGGAUGACUCCUACAACCCGUAUAACCUGAUGCAGGGCACUGACUCUCCUGCCAGUCCACUGGUGACCCCAGACAGCUGGGGCCAGAGCAAGAACGCCAGUGACAAGAUGUCCAAUGGGACCAACAUCAGCUGGCCACCAGAGUUCUGCCCAGGAGUGCCCUGGAAAGGACUACAGAAUAUUGACCCUGAGACUGACCCCAAUGUGACCCCAGGAAGUGUUCCCAGUGGCCCCACCAUCAACACCAACAUUCAGGAUGUGAACCGCUACCUGCUCAGAGACAGGAGUGGAGGCAAGCUGUCAGACAUGAAAUCCACUUGGUCACCAGGACCCAUCUCACACACGCAGGCCUCACUGUCCCAUGAGCUGUGGAAGGUGCCUCAGGGACCAAGGAACACUACAGCCCCCACCCGUCCUCCACCUGGCCUGACCAAUACCAAGCCUUCCUCCACCUGGGGGGGCAACAGCCUAGGCUUGGUGCCCGGCUGGAGCAGUUCUUACUCCUCAGGUACCACAUGGAGUACAGACAGCUCCAAUAGGACCAGCAGCUGGCUGGUACUAAGGAAUCUUACACCCCAGAUUGACGGCUCUACUCUGCGGACGCUGUGCAUGCAGCACGGCCCCUUAAUCACAUUCCACCUCAACCUGACGCAGGGCAACGCCGUGGUGCGCUACAGCUCCAAGGACGAGGCUGGCAAAGCCCAGAAGUCCCUGCACAUGUGUGUGCUGGGCAACACCACCAUCCUGGCAGAAUUCGCUGGAGAGGAGGAGGUGAACCGCUUCUUUGCACAGGGUCAAUCCCUCACACCCACCACCAGCUGGCAGGCCAACCCGGGCACCAAUCAGACGCGGCUGGGGGGUGGAGCAUCUGCCACUUCGCACCCUAUUGGCCACUGGAACACCGCCGGCCUGGGAGGAGGUGGAGCUGGCAGUGCAGCUAAGGCAGGCAACGAGCUGCUAUGGGGGGGUGUGCAGCAGUACUCUAGCCUUUGGGGGCCGCCCAGUACAGAGGAGGGCCGAGUGGUAGGCAGCCCAACCCCUAUUAACACGCUGCUUCCCGGAGACCUGCUGAGUGGAGAGUCCAUGUGAGGGCGUCGACUCAGGAGGAGAAUUAUGAAUUUUCGACAAAUAAAAAUGAACAUGAAACAAAAAAAAAACAAAAAAAAAAAAACUUGAAGAAAUAUAAUUACGCAGGAGCAAAAACCAAGCAAAAUCAUGUGGUGAUAAUCAGCAUAAGUGGAACUGUGAACCAAGAGACAGGAGGCUGAAGAUACACUUGUAGAGGCUGCUGACCUUCUUCCUCUUCUCCUCCUUUUUUAUUUUGCAUCAUUUCAGUGGAUUUUUGUGUUCUUCCUCUUUUUUUUCAUGUGAGGCUUUGGUUACAGUAUUUUCUAAGACUUUUGGAGAAGAGCAAGUGACAACUAAAAGGAAAUAGAACCUUUAAUUACAGACUUUCUCUUAAUAACUGAAAACUGUGUGAAACUGUAUUUUACUACAACUGAUCAGACAAGCUGCCAUUUUUAAACGUCCCCUGGCACAAGCCCCUCAUCACCCCAGAUACACCGUACGAGCCUUCCUCCCUACUCCCCCAAAGAAAUGCAUCAUUCUGAUCAGCCCUUCCCUUUAGACUGUGUCCACUGCUUUUUGUUCAUCUGUUAGCCUGGCGGGUUCGUUUAACAGCACUAAACUAGCCUUAACUGCUUACCAGCCCCAUCUCCCACACACUCACUCUGGGCUUACAGAAGAGAUGGAUCCGAGAAUUGCACAUUUUUCCUCACUUUUUCGAGCCAGCAGAGAAGAAAAGUUCCAUGCUUGACUUAGCACACAGGCUACAGCACACAUCUGCUUCUCCUUCAGACCUCAGUCAUCACCCUCGUCUGUCCACAUCACUAUUAACGCGGCAGACGUGCGGCUGGUGCUUACUCAUCUGCAGGACAGGCUGAGCAAAUGGUUGCCAGUGUGUGUGUUUGUGUGUGUAUGUGUGUGUGUAUGUCUGUGUGCUGCAUUAACCACUGUCUUCAGAACUUUUUAACAAAACACUCGGAACACACCACACAGAACGAACACAUCAAAACACGUUCAUUACCUUCUCUUCUGCUCCAUGAAUGACCUCAGUUAUUUGUGACCCAGUGGGAAAAAAAUGAAAAAAAAAAAUCAUGUUUGUCGGACGUGCAAUAUGCCACAGACUCUUCCGUCCAUCAUUAUACAGAGCUUAUGCUGGUGAAGUUUCCUUUCUUUUCUAAAUUGGAGGUAGGGGGGCACAAAAAACAAGACAAAAAAAAAAAAACAUCUCCCUCAUCCACCAAAAGCGGGGACAUAGAGGAAGACUUUCUCAUGGUGUGUGAGCCUGUAGUGAAGACGAUCACUAGCACUUCCUUAAAGACACAAAGUGACCAUAGCAGGAUGCGGGCUUCAAACCAAAUAAGUGUUUCUUGUAACCCAGUAGACAAGGUGCAUUUUAUGUUGUAUUUGGUACAAAAAGAACAGAACAAAGAGACUGCUUUGAAAAAAAAAAAAAAAUUGGGUGGUUGAUCAUAGCACUUACCAAGAGCAUCAAGCUCCAACUUCAAUGCCAACAAAUCACACAUGGAAAGCUGGAACUGAAAAAAAGCAAAGAAAAAGCAAUCUACAUAGCUUUUCCAUGCUCUUUUUGUUUUCUUUUUCUUUUCUUUUUUUUGUUAAAAAAAACUCUAAGUGGAUUUUUUUUCCUUAUGUCCCUCCCUUGGAUGGACGUCAAAUGGUAGCAAAUGAAGGGUAGUUAAAAAAACAAAAACAAAAAAAAAAAAACAAAAAAAAGAAAACAUGCAAAACUGAUUCUGAAGCAUUCUGGUGUUUAUAUUUAUAUAUAUAUAUAUAUAUAUAUAUAUAUAUAUAUAUAUAUAUAUAUAUAUAUAUAUAUAUAUAUAAAAUACACAUAUAUAGAUAUAUAUCAAAGUAAAUAUUGCUGUUACAGUACUCCAAAAUUGUUAGCCUUUUGUGUGGGGAUGCUAGACAUGUCCAUAUGUGGUAAUAGAUCCUGCGGGGCCCUUACGCCUGGCGGCCCCACCUUCCUUGGAUAAUAAGUGUGGCCACUGAGUGCCUAUCUUGUUGUGGCAAGCCUCCGUGCCCACGCUGACUCUGACGCCACUGUGCCAGACCGGUGCGCCCGAUGCCAGAGCGUACUUGGAGCUGCUGUUUGGCCUGGCGCAGAGUGGCAGCUCUCUCAGAAAUGGCCCGACAGUACUCUUGCGCCAGCAUUUUGACCUCGUCUCAACUCUCUUAAAACUCUUUCUUUUCAUGCAAAGAUCACUUUAGCUGGAAGUGGACAAGAUCCUUUCACGUCAUUUUCAAUUAUUGUUUUUUUUUUUUUGUUCCCUGGAAUUGCAAGUGUUGUUAUUUUUUAUUUUUUUGUCAACAUUGCUGUUAUUGUUGUCUUUGAUGAUACUUUAUGCUCUUUAAGUGUGUGUGUGUGAGCGAGCGUGAGUUCAUGCAGUGGUCUUUUUACAGUGUAGCUGCUCUUUACCAGCCCCUUUCACUGCACAUAUGCAGGAAUAUUUGGAGAAAGAGGCAUGUUGAAGCUUUUUUAAUUGCAACAGUUCAUGUUACUAUGCCAUGUCAGAAGAUCAUGCUGAUCUAGAUCGGUGGUUUGGGGGAUUUUUCCUAUUCCGGGUUGCUCUUGUUGAUUAAGUUUUGGGGCACAUCCUACUGGAACUUGGGAACUCGAGUUAAGAGUAUUAGACAUGCUCAGCCUGCCUGCUACCUCUCCAUUACCCCGUCUCUCUCUCUCUCUCUCUCUCUCUCUCUCUCUCUCUCUCUCCUCCUGUUUAUCCCGCCACUGUCCUGCAAGGCUGUACUCAUACUGGUGCUGAAGACAAAACAAACACAGCGCAACUCUUUCUGUACCACGUCUCAUUAUCGCAGUAAUAAAAAGCAAAUGACGAGAGAAACCCUCUUUUUCUAUGCAAAGUCUGAGUGAGAGCUACGUGUUCACUGUCACUCAAUACAGCCCAUCAUUUCCUGAUAUCGUUUUGUCGAGCGUUUGCUGGUUUGCAGGCAGCUUCCUGUUACUGUGGCCUUCAGUGUUCAAACGUAUGCAUCUCUGAAUGCCAGUCCCGAAAAUGGAUCUGAAUUUAGCCCUUAUUGCUUUCUCUCUGAACGACUGAACUACGUGCAUGCAAUCUCAGGGCAGACUCGGAGAACUCCAGACAGUUUACCCAAAGCCAGGAAUUUCUAUAUUGUUCAGUGGUUGGUGUUUUUUUCAUUGCUUUACUUAUUGGUUAGAGUUAGUGAGGCCAUAAUGUUUCGAGAAAUCCUUUUUGCGUUGCUUUCUCUGUACGAGUUCUUCAGCAUGCACCCUCAUGACCUUUUCUGUAACGUUACCAAAAAUGUUCGACACCCAUGAAUCUCGAUUUUAAAAAAUAUCAGAUGUCUGUGACACUUGGGCUUCGAAAUUUCCACAGAUUUUAAUCACAUUUUUUUCUAGAUUGUUGACUACAUGGGAAUGGAAAGGUAGAAAUGCAGGCUGGCAUGGAGGGUAACUGACAGGUAGCACCUUGACCCAGGCAUUAAAUUCUCCAGGAAGGACUGCUGCAAAGUAAAACAGGGAUUGCCGAAUUCUUAGGUAUGCUGUAGGUAGGUUAACGUGGGGUGCAUCAUUUUAUAAUUUUUUUUUAAACCAAAAAUAAAAGGUUGGUCCUUGUAUUGUUUUUAACUUCAAAACCUCUAGUAGAUUCUUAGCUGAAGCCAAACAGCUGACUGUGGGGACACUGUACUCAUUUGAUUCCCUUCUGACCAAGCAGUUUGAGCACCAGGCUAUUUUUCCACAUGUCCAGGUGUCUGUUCCAUGACUGCUCUGGAGCUCAAGCACCCCCAAUAACAUCAGAAUUAAAUAUCUCCUGUAUAUUUAGGCCCGUUAAGGAUGACACCUCUCAUUGUAGUGUCUGUUACGGACAGAUCUGUUGCCUGUAUUAUCGUUCGUAUCAUCAGUGAUGCUGAUGCUGUAAUUAGUUCACAUCCAGAACUGACCCUUUAAAGCUUGUGUUCUGUACUGUGUCCUAAAUAAUGGAAACUAGUGUCCCAAAUGUCGCAGGUCAGCUAUGGCAGUGUAUGUGUUCACAUAGUGCAGGUAUACAGUUUGGUACAGAGGCAGCUUUUUAAAAACAUCUACUUCAUUUGGUUUCAUAUUUUCAUUAUUCCCAGCCCCCGAAGCAGCCGUGAGGCUCGCAGUGCUGUGAGGCAGAUUUUAUGUGGCUCUUCGACUAAUUUUAUGUGAGGGCUGCGAUAUAUAUAUAUAUAUAUAUAUAUAUAUAUAUAUAAAAUGUAUGUAUUUUUUUUUUAUACACAAAAUUGUAUAGCAUCACACAACACCCCAGUGAUAUUCAUAAGCUGGUGCCUAUGGACCUAUUAAAAUCAGGACAAGAGCACAUGGUCAGUUGGUACCAAGUCUGGAAAGGGGAAAGGCCUUAGUGAGUGACACCAGUAACAAUCACUAUUGCCUGUCUUUGUUUCCUAUUUAUUCCCAAACUGCCUUGCUUUCAACUCUACUCAAACAUCCGUCACAUUCACAAGCGGAGUAAUGUGAUCAAUCCCCCAGUCACCGCUGCAGCAGUCCUGUAAGACUCGUCUCGUCUUGCUGUACCUCACUAAAUGUCUGGUCCAUUACUGUGGAUUUGAUUUAGGACUAAUGCACCCCCCCCCAAUAACCCCCCCCCCCAACACACACACACUUCCCCAACAAUCAGAGUGCAGCUUGAGCAACAAAAUAAAGGGAUGUUUAAGGAAAGGAAAGAGAUCAGCUCAAAGAGAAUCCAAUCUUUUCUAAGGUCCUGGGUAGAAUAUGCACAUACUGGUUUAUAUACACGCACAUUUGAAAACGGAUGCAUGUAUAAAGCUGGUUAUCUCUUUCCACUUUAAUUUUACUCUCCCAGGCCAAUUUAAAAAUGCCAACUCCUAUAUAUAUUUUUUUCUUUUCCUCUGUGUACCCAUAUUGAAAGUAUAAACAUAUCAAAAUUCUACGAAAAUGAAAGAAAUACCAAUACUUGAAUCAAAAGAAGCGCCAAUAAUGUAAUGUGAAAAAAAAUGUUUUGUAAUGGUUUUUGUCAUUCAUACACUUCCAAGCUUUUUUGAUAACAUCAGUUCAAAAUGAACUAAAAAACAAAACAAAAAAAAAACAUUUGUGUGGAGGAGAAAGAAGAAGAAAAAAGCAAAAUGACAUCUUAUUGUAUGUGUGUUUGCACAAAACUCUGUGUUCUGAUGGGUGAAUGACUGUGAUUGUUAUUCUGUCUGUACAAGUGGGCAAAGGUUCAAAAUACAGUGUGUGCGCUUCAAGUGGGUUCCUUUCCCACCGUAUGGUUUAAUUCAGUAUCUUUACAGGUUAUUUGUUCUUUUUUUUUUUGCUAGUCUGUAGUCAGAAACCUAUUCGGAUGUGUAUUGUUAUUAGCUUCUAGCGUUGCACUGAGUGUCUGCCUCCCCUCUUUCAGCUAAUCGUACAACAUGAAAUAAAGUACUGAGGGACAAGGUGACAAUUCAUGUGUUAAGGUUUACUCAAGGACUUAGAGGAAAAAAAAAGAGAGAGUGUGUUUUUAUCUGUAAUAUGAUUAUCUACUUUAUAGUGGCUUUUAUUGCUUUCAUGAAAAAGAAUUGAGUAUUGCACCAUUUUUUUUCCAGAUUAUAAAAAUAAAAAGGGAAAAAAAAAAUAAAA